AGGAAGUGAGUUCCCUACUUCCUGUCAAACUGACUUUAAAAGAACACUAGGUGUAAAAACUUCUAGACUGCUGGAGGAUCUAUAUUUCACUUGGAGCUUCAAAUGAGGCAAAAACAUGUAAUGUAAAAUGGACAUCGCAGCAGGAAGUGAGUCUCGUCAAACACACUUUGAAAGAACAUUACAAGUAAAAACUACUAGACUGCUGGAGGAUCUAUAUUUCAUUUGGAGCUCCAACUAAGGCAAAACAUGUCCAGUAAAAUGGACACCGGUGACACUCAACAUUUCUCAGAUCUGAGGAUUGUGUUGAUGGGGUAUAGAAGAUCUGGUAAGAGUUCAGCAGGAAACACCAUCCUGGGCAGAGAGGAGUUUGACUUGAAGAGAUCUGCUCAGUGUGUGAGGAGACAUGGAGAAGUAGCAGACAGACACAUCACUGUCAUUGAAGCUCCAGGAUGGUGGAGGAAUCAACCUGUAGAGAUCAGUCCUGAGAUACUGAAACAGGAGAUUUUGCUCAGUGUGUCUCUGUGUCCUCCAGGACCACACGCUGUACUACUGAUCAUACGUGUGGACUACAGAUUUAAAGAGACUGAGAGAAAAUCAGUGCAGGAUCAUCUGGAUCUUCUCAGUGAGAGAGUCUGGAGACACACUAUAGUUCUGUUCACUCAUGGAGACUCUCUGUUAGACACAUCUAUAGAGCGGCACAUUGAGAGUGAAGGACAGGAUCUCCAGCGGCUGCUGGACAAAUGUGGGAACAGGUAUCAUGUUCUCAACAAUCACAACAGGAGUGACGACACUCAGAUCAAGGAGCUGCUGGAGAAGAUUGAGGAGACAGUGGCACAAAACAACGGCUGCCAUUUUGAAAUAGACAGAAAGAUUUUACAAGAGAUGAAAGAGAAAAGAAGAGCAGAGGAAGAGAGAGCAGAAGAACGAAUGAAGAGGAUGAAGAAACAGAGAGAAAACAUCAAAUCACAGAUGAGUGACACUCAACAUCUAUCAGAUCUGAGGAUUGUGUUGAUGGGUAAUAGAAGAUCUGGUAAGAGUUCAUCAGGAAACACCAUCCUGGGCAGAGAGGAGUUUGACUUGAAGAGAUCUGCUCAGUGUGUGAGGAGACAUGGAGAAGUAGCAGACAGACACAUCACUGUCAUUGAAGCUCCAGGAUGGUUGAGUAGUUGCACUGUAGAGAGUCCUGAGAGACUGAAACAGGAGAUUUUGCUCAGUGUGUCUCUGUGUCCUCCAGGACCUCACGCUGUACUACUGAUCAUACGUGUGGACACUAGAUUUAAAGAGAGUGAGAUAAAAUCAGUGCAGGGUCAUCUGGAUCUUCUCAGUGAGAGAGUCUGGAGUCACACUAUAGUUCUGUUCACUCAUGGAGACCGUCUGUUAGACACAUCUAUAGAGCAGCACAUUGAGAGUGAAGGACAGGAUCUCCAGUGGCUGCUGGACAAAUGUGGGAACAGGUAUCAUGUUCUCAACAAUCACAACAGGAGUGACGACACUCAGAUCAAGGAGCUGCUGGAGAAGAUUGAGGAGACAGUGGCACAAAACAACGGCUGCCAUUUUGAAAUAGACAGAAAGAUUUUACAGGAGGUGAAAGAGAGAAGAAGAGCAGAGGAAGAGAGAGCAGAAGAACGAAUGAAGAGGAUGAAGAAACAGAGAGAUAACAUCAGAUCACAGAUGAGUGACACUCAACAUUUCUCAGAUCUGAGGAUUGUGUUGAUGGGUAAUAGAAGAUCUGGUAAGAGUUCAUCAGGAAACACCAUCCUGGGCAGAGAGGAGUUUGACUUGAAGACAUCUGCUCAGUGUGUGAGGAGACAUGGAGAAGUAGCAGACAGACACAUCACUGUCAUUGAAGCUCCAGGAUGGUGGAAGGAUCAACCUGUAGAGAUGAGUCCUGAGAUACUGAAACACGAGAUUUUGCUCAGUGUGUCUCUGUGUCCUCCAGGACCACACGCUGUACUACUGAUCAUACGUGUGAUCACUGGAUUUAAAGAGACUGAGAGAAAAGCAUUGCAGGAUCAUCUGGAUCUUCUCAGUGAGAGAGUCUGGAGUCACACUAUAGUUCUGUUCACUGGUGGAGACUUUCUGUUAGACACAUCUAUAGAGCAGCACAUUGAGAGUGAAGGACAGGAUCUCCAGCGGCUGCUGGACAAAUGUGGGAACAGGUAUCAUGUUCUCAACAAUCACAACAGGAGUGACGACACUCAGAUCAAGGAGCUGCUGGAGAAGAUUGAGGAGACAGUGGCACAAAACAACGGCUGCCAUUUUGAAAUAGACAGAAAGAUUUUACAGGAGGUGAAAGAGAGAAGAAGAGCAGAGGAAGAGAGAGCAGAAGAACGAAUGAAGAGGAUGAAGAAACAGAGAGAAAACAUCAGAUCACAGAUGAGUGACGCUCAACAUUUCUCAGAUCUGAGGAUUGUGUUGAUGGGUAAUAGAAGAUCUGGUAAGAGUUCAUCAGGAAACGCCAUCCUGGGCAGAGAGGAGUUUGACCUGAAGAGAUCUGCUCAGUGUGUGAGGAGACAUGGAGAAGUAGCAGACAGACACAUCACUGUCAUUGAAGCUCCAGGAUGGUGGAGUAAUGACACUGUAGAGAAGAGUCCUGAGAUACUGAAACAGGAGAUUUUGCUCAGUGUGUCUCUGUGUCCUCCAGGACUACACGCUGUACUACUGAUCAUACGUGUGAACACUGGAUUUAAAGAGACUGAGAGAAAAGCAGUGCAGGAUCAUCUGGAUCUUCUCAGUGAGAGAGUCUGGAGUCACACUAUAGUUCUGUUCACUCAUGGAGACUCUCUGUUAGACACAUCUAUAGAGCAGCACAUUGAGAGUGAAGGACAGGAUCUCCAGCGGCUGCUGGACAAAUGUGGGAACAGGUAUCAUGUUCUCAACAAUCACAACAGGAGUGACGACACUCAGAUCAAGGAGCUGCUGGAGAAGAUUGAGGAGACAGUGGCACAAAACAACGGCUGCCAUUUUGAAGACAGAAAGAUUUUACAGGAGGUGAAAGAGAGAAGAAGAGCAGAGGAAGAGAGAGCAGAAGAACGAAUGAAGAGGAUGAAGAAACACAGAGAAAACAUCAGAUCACAGAUGAGUGACGCUGAACAUCUCUCAGAUCUGAGGAUUGUGUUGAUGGGGUAUAGAGGAGCUGGUAAGAGUUCAGCAGGAAACACCAUCCUGGGCAGAGAGGAGUUUGACUUGAAGACAUCUGCUCAGUGUGUGAGGAGACAUGGAGAAGUAGCAGACAGACACAUCACUGUCAUUGAAGCUCCAGGAUGGUGGAGUAAUUACACAGUAGAGAAGAGUCCUGAGAGACUGAAACAGGGGAUUUUGCUCAGUGUGUCUCUGUGUCCUCCAGGACCACACGCUGUACUACUGAUCAUAGAUGUGGACACUGGAUUUAAAGAGACUGAGAGAAAAGCAGUGCAGGAUCAUCUGGAUCUUCUCAGUGAGAGAGUCUGGAGUCACACUAUAGUUCUGUUCACUCGUGGAGACUCUCUGUUAGACACAUCUAUAGAGCAGCACAUUGAGAGUGAAGGACAGGAUCUCCAGCGGCUGCUGGACAAAUGUGGGAACAGGUAUCAUGUUCUCAACAAUCGCAACAGGAGUGACGACACUCAGAUCAAGGAGCUGCUGGAGAAGAUUGAGGAGACAGUGGCACAAAACAACGGCUGCCAUUUUGAAAUAGACAGAAAGAUUUUACAGGAGGUGGAAGAGAGAAGAAGAGCAGAGGAAGAGAGAGCAGAAGAACGAAUGAAGAGGAUGAAGAAACAGAGAGAAAACAUCAGAUCACAGAUGAGUGACGCUCAACAUCUCUCAGAUCUGAGGAUUGUGUUGAUGGGUAAUAGAAGAUCUGGUAAGAGUUCAUCAGGAAACACCAUCCUGGGCAGAGAGGAGUUUGACUUGAAGAGAUCUGCUCAGUGUGUAAGAAGACAUGGAGAAGUAGCAGACAGACACAUCACUGUCAUUGAAGCUCCAGGAUGGUGGAAAAAUUACACUGCAGAAAAGAGUCCUGAGAUACUGAAACAGGAGAUUUUGCUCAGUGUGUCUCUGUGUCCUCCAGGACCACACGCUGUACUACUGAUCAUAUGUGUGGACACUGGAUUGAAAGAGACUGAGAGAAAAUCAGUGCAGGAUCAUCUGGAUCUUCUCAGUGAGAGAGUCUGGAGUCACACUAUAGUUCUGUUCACUGGUGGAGACUCUCUGUUAGACACAUCUAUAGAGCAGUACAUUGAGAGUGAAGGACAGGAUCUCCAGCGGCUGCUGGACAAAUGUGGGAACAGGUAUCAUGUUCUCAACAAUCACAACAGGAGUGACGACACUCAGAUCAAGGAGCUGCUGGAGAAGAUUGAGGAGACAGUGGCACAAAACAACGGCCGCCAUUUUGAAAUAGACAGAAAGAUUUUACAGGAGGUGAAAGAGAGAAAAAGAGCAGAGAAGAGAGCAAAAGAACGAAUGAAGAGGAUGAAGAAACAGAGAGAAAACAUCAGAUCACAGAUGAGUGACGCUCAACAUCUCUCAGAGUUGAGAAUUGUGUUGAUGGGGUAUAGAAGAUCUGGUAAGAGUUUAUCAGGAAACACCAUCCUGGGCAGUGAGGAGUUUGACUUGAAGACAUCUGCUCAGUGUGUGAGGAGACGCGGAGAAGUAGCAGACAGACACAUCACUGUCAUUGAAGCUCCAGGAUGGUGGAGGAAUGACACUGUAGAGGAGAGUCCUGAGAUACUGAAAAAGGAGAUUUUGCUCAGUGUGUCUCUGUGUCCUCCAGGACCACAUGCUGUACUACUGAUCAUAGAUGUUCACAAUAUAUUUAAAGAGUCUGAGAGAAAAGCAGUGCAGGAUCAUCUGGAUCUUCUCAGUGAGAGAGUCUGGAGUCACACUAUAGUGCUGUUCACCUGUGGAGACUCUCUCUUAGACACAUCUAUAGAGCAGCACAUUGAGAGUGAAGGACAGGAUCUCCAGCAGCUGCUGGACAAAUGUGGGAACAGGUAUCAUGUUCUCAACAAUCACAACAGGAGUGAUGACACUCAGAUCAAGGAGCUGCUGGAGAAGAUUGAGGAGACAGUGGCACAAAACAAUGGCUGCCAUUUUGAAUUAGACAGAAAGAUUUUACAGGAGGUGAAAGAAAGAAUAGCAGAGGAAGAGAGAGCAGAAGAACAAAUGAAGAGGAUGAAAAAACAGAGAGACGACAUCAGAUCACAGAUGAUGAGUGGAGAUGAUGGAUCUGAUUCAUGCUCUCUGGGAAGUUCAGCUUACGGUUCAUUCAGAUCACGAUCAGGAGCAGAAACAGUUUUCAGUUCAUCACGUUCCAGAGAUUCAUCUCACACAAGUUAUGAAUCAGGGAACAUAAUACAAUAUAACAGUAUGGAAUGGACACCACCAAACAUGAGAGGAGAUGAGCGGUCGGACACAUGGUCUGUGGGAAGUUCUGGUUAUGGUUCAUUCAGAUCACGAUUCAGUUCAGUUUUUAGUUCAUCACGCUCAAAAGUCUCAUCUCACAGCUCAGGAUUCGGGUCUUUGUGGUCCAUCCGUCUGUGGAACAUUUAGGAACCAGACGAACACUUGCUUUACCCAAGAUCCCAAAACUUUUCCUAAGAAGAGUAAAGAAUCAUAUUAAACAUGAAGACACUGAGAACUUGAAUUAUAUGAAUGAAUGACAAAUGAAUGAAAGAGAAAUUGUGUCUUUAAAUGUUGACAUUUAUAUUUUUGACAAUAUGUAAUGAUAAAUAUUACUAAAACUAAAAGGUAUGCAGUUGUUUUAACCUUGAGUAAUUCACAUUAGCAGAGCUGUAACAAAUAUACUGAUAUGUAAUUAACAUUGACAUUUUUUUAUUAUUUUGUCAUAGAUUUGUCUAUUAAACUUUGUGUAAUUCUGUAAUUUCUGUACUAAUCACAGAUUUCUGAACAUGUACACAGACACACAGAAGCUCUGUUUCAAUGUUUUGCUGUCCACUGUUGGCAAAUGCAGCUCGCUUCUUUUGAAAGCUAAUGUCAGAGGUUAGUUGUGUGAAACACACAAAGACGAGCUUCAAUAUAAAGGACUUUAAUGACAAAACUCAGGCGAUUGAAUACACAGACUAACAUAAACAGGAACCGACAGGGACUGAGGGAGAACACAGGGUUUAAGUACAAGAACAGACAGGGGAGCUAACAAGAUAAUCAACGAGACACAGCUGGGACAAAUGAACUCAAACUCAAAUCAAUCUGUAACCAAGGGAUACUAACUAAAGACGGGAAAACUAAACAAAGGAGAACGUGACAAACAGAACAAAAGUCAACACAACACAUGACAUUUAAAGCGUUUUUGCUGCUAUUUAUGUAUUGUUUAUGAUUUGAAGCUUCUAAUGCAGCGUCCUAAACAUCAAAAUCCUCCUCAAGAGAUCAUAAGUGCAUACGUGACUCAACUAAUGCUUAUAUUAAUUCCACAAUAGUCUGAAGUUAUUGACUUCCUCCAAUAAAGCACAAAAAUACAUUGAACACAA